AUGUCCAAACGAAUUUACUUUGUGGCCCACGGCGGCCGUGUUCAAGGCGUCGGUUUCCGCUACUUUACGCAAAAACGAGGAACAGAGUACGGGCUCACGGGAUGGUGUCGCAACACGGAUGACAACAAGGUGGAAGGCGAGGCGCAAGGACCCGAAGACGUGCUGAAGAAGUUCUUCCAAGACGUCGACCAGGGCCCGCGCUCUGCCAAGGUCGUCAAGCUGGACCAGACGGAGAGGGACGUCGUCGACGGAGAGAAGGACUUUCAGGUGCGCUGA